AUGCGGUUCAAGUUAUUCAAAAGUAAUAAGAAAUCUCACGCAAAAAAAGACGAUCUUCCAAGAUCUUCAUCAUCUUCCACUCAAGAGGGCCCAUCCAGGAGGGGAGACAAAGUGGCCGAUGCGGCCAACGUGUUCGUCGACUUUAUGGCAAAUAUAGCAGAGGCAUCCGAUAUACUAAGCCCUCUUAAAGCUGCUUGUCGAGCGACCAAAACGAUCCUCGACACCGUUCAAGGUAUCAAGAGUAAUCAAGAAGCUUGGCUAGAUCUCAUCCAACGUAUUAAAGACUAUCUGUCGGCUCUCGAGGAGCAAAUCACCUUGUUUGAACGCAAUCCUCCAGAGGACAUCGACGGGCCCUUUGACGAGGCAUUCAGCCAACCACUCAUCCGUUACGUCAAACUCCUUGAAGAUCUUCAUGACAAGAUCGUUGAUUCGAGGGGAAAGCACAGUAGCAAAGUCAUCGGAGGACUUUCAGCAAUCGGUGCAAUCAAGAUUGAUGCUGGGGAUAUCCAAAAGUACAAUAAAAAACUUGAGGACCGGCAUGGGCAGUUUAUGGAUGCACUGAAUAUGUAUACUGCACACGGUGUUAGAGCCAUCCAGAACCACACCAAAGAUAUCAAACGCAAGGUGGAUAUCAUCCUGACAGAAGCCGAUUACGCUACCAUACAACAAUUGCCAAUGGUGGCCUCGGCCGCAUCUUCCGUCCACAAUACUUGUCUCAAAGGAACCCGUCAGGCUGUCCUCGAGACGAUCUGGCGCUGGGCAGCCAACAAGGAGUCACCGAAGCCAAUCUUUUGGCUCUGCGAUAUAGCCGGCUCUGGAAAAUCGACAGUCGCCAUGUCUGCCGUAGAAGCAUGGAAGGAAGAGGAAUCUUGGGUGGCACAUUUUUCUCUCCAUGACGAUCAGCGAAUGGAUCAAAUACCGACAAGUUUUGCUCCACCAUUGCCAGAGAACUUGUUCAAUACAUCCCAAGCUGGCGCCUACAUCGCGGAGGCCUGGAAGCGAAACCCUGCCUCCUGCGAAGUUCGUUUGAGGAGCAGUUCCGAAUGCUCAUCACCGGGCCACUUCAGCAUCAACACACAUCCAUCCUUGUUAUCGACGCAAUAG